GGCUCGACAGCGGGCACUGCGUCAUCUGGCAAGGCAGUGGGCACCGAGUCACCAGGCACAACAGUGGACUCUGAGUCAAUUGGCACGACAGCGGGCACCGGGUCAUCUGGCGCUGGAUCGUCUGCCUCGACAGCGGGCAUCAGGUCACCAGGCAUGACAGCAGGCACUGGGUCAUCAGGUACCGGAUCGUCCGGAUCGACAGCGGGCACUGGGUCAUCAGGCAUUGGAUCGUCUGGCUCGACAGCGGGCAUCGGGUCACCAGGUAUGACCGCGGGCACUGGGUCAUCAGGCAUUGGAUCGUCUGGCACGACAGCGGGAAUCGGGUCACCAGGCAUGACAGUGGGCAACGGGUCAUCAGGUACCGGAUCGUCUGGCUCGACAGCGGGCACUGGGUCAUCAGGCAUGAUAGGAUCAUCAGGCUGGAUCAGCUGGGUACAGACAUCAGGCUGAAGUGCGGGUGCCGAGGCACC